GGAUGGCGCGAAGCCGCGAAACUCAAGGCGGCGGCGACGGCGACUGCGGCCUGUGGUACCGUGGAGCUGGCCUCGUCGACGUCCGUCCGGGUGAACCGCGCCCACGGCAUGGCCGGCGACCUCUCCUUCGUCCUCUGGAAGCGCCACUAGGUCGCCCCUCAUCCACAGCUGCGAGCUUCAGAGUUGAGCUGGAUGCCCUUCAGUGCACAAGUCUCCUGAACACGAUGAGCUUGCCAUGGUCUGUCGUCUGUUCCAGCAGCAACAUUCAUACGUUUUUGUCCACUACUCCAGUGCAGCAGCAGCAGCACAACAAAAAUAAUUGAGAACGCAUGAUAUUUGUGCACAGAACGCAUGCUAUAUCGUGCACCAGAACGCAUGCUAUAUCGUGCACCACAACGCAUCUGGUACCAAUGGACUCAGACCAAGGAACAACUUAUCUAUAUAUAAAUGAAGCCAUCGCCAUGUCCAUUGCACCUUACAGCAUCCAUGUACACACUAGCUAGUGAUAAUAAUGUCACUCAUCUCCACAGCACUUGUGCUACUUGUUCCCCUAGGCCUUUACUUGUACCUGCUGCGGUCUAGUCGUAGAAGAUCAAAUAACCCAGCAGAAGCAGUGCUCCCCACAAAAUUGCCAAUACUAGGCAUGCUCCCUUCUCUCUUGGCCAACAUGUACAACUUCCAUGAGUACAGCUCUGUGGUCCUCGCUGGAUCAGGCCUCAACUUCAAUGGGGACGGCCCACCUGGAGCCGGGAUGCGAUUCUUCAUCACCUGCGACCCUGCCAACAUCCAGCACAUCUUCACGACCAACUACCACAACUUCCCCAAGGGCGCGGAAUUCGCCGCCAUCUUCGACAUCAUGGCUGGUGGCCUCUUCACUAUCGACGGCGAGCUGUGCCGUCGGCGGCGCGUGAAAUUUGCGGGCGUGGUCAGCAGCCCGUGGUUUACUGAUCGUGUGGCAGCCCAUUGCUGUGACAAGGUGAAGGACCACCUCCUCCCAUUGCUUGCUCGCAUGGCGACUACCGGCACUUCGUUCGACAUGCAAGAGUUAAUGGUGAGGUUAAUGUUUGACAUGACCGCCAUGGCAGUCUUUGGCGUGGACCCUGGCUUCCUGUCCUCGGACAUGCCUCCCAUUGAUGCCUCCACUGCCAUGGACACAGUCAUGGAGGUGGGAUUUCUCCGGCACACCAUGCCAGCCUCUUUGUGGAAGGCAAUGAGGUGGCUAAAUAUUGGUCCUGAGAGAAAGCUCCUCGAAGCGAAGAAAGUGCUCCACAGGUUUGUUGUGGAUACGAUGGAGAGGAGGAAGAGGAACGGAGAAAAUGUUGGCCACAAUGAGAAUGAAGAGGUUGUAGGUGAUAUUUUAUCUUCCUACAUCAAUGACCCGGACUUCGCUGAUGAUGACUUGCUCCGUGCGACACUCAUUAACUUCAUGAUCGCUGGGAGGGACACAAUUGGCACGACCCUGCCAUGGAUAUUCUACAACCUUGCCCAGAAUCCUAACAUCGUGUCAAUCAUCCGUAAGGAACUCUCACCUAUUGCAUCGCACAAAGCAGCCAACGGUAUGGGUGCAAUGGUCUUUGAGCCGGAGGACACCAAAUCUCUCGUGUAUCUGAGAGCCACCUUGUACGAGACUCUCAGGCUAUAUCCACCAGCGCAUACGGAGCGCAAGACAGUGGUUACUGAUGAUAUCAUGCCAAGUGGCCAUGAGGUGCACGCCGGUGAUGCCAUCUUUAUCUCUCUCUACUCCAUGGGAAGAAUGGAGAGCUUGUGGGGUAAAGACUGCCUCGACUUCAACCCAAACAGAUGGCUCUUGGAAGACAACAACAAGCUCAAGAACGUACCUUCUCACAAGUUCCUGGCCUUCAACUCGGGCCCGAGGGUUUGCAUGGGCAAGGAAAUUGCGGUUAUGCAGAUGAAGACCAUCGUCGCCACAGUCAUGUGGAACUUUGAUGUGGAGCUGGUGGAAGGUCAGAGCAUCCAGCCCAAGCUGUCUUGUUUACUGCAGAUGAAAUAUGGGCUCAUAGUGAAGCUGAAGAAACGAGAAGCGUAACACUAUGCUCUCGUGUCUUAAAGUGUGUGUGUGUGUGUACGCGCGCGUGCGUGCGUGCAUGUGCACGCGCGUGUGUGUGCGCGUGUGUGUGCGUGUGUGUGCGCGUGCUUUUAUGUGAGACAACUUUAUUCACGUCAACAAGUGGAUUUUUUUAAAUGAUUACCUGAGAAAUCAAUUAUGGCUCGGGCAGUGCAAAUGUUCUCAGAAACCAUGUACCGAAACAUCAUGAUAAAUAAUGUAAGAUUACCCAAGGCAAUG